AUGCCAGUUUGCGCACCAGAGCUGGCUGCUUCCAAAGACUUGGACUACAGCAGAAAUGGUGUGGGGUAUGGCCCAAACUGCAGCUUCUCUGAAAAGCGUGGGGAGUUCAAAAGUCGGUGGGAAGGGGGGCGUGUUACGAGAUCUGCAGUCCUUAAGGUGGCUAGGAGCCAUAUCUGAGCAUCCAUAUAAAGCUCUUCUCAGUAUGAGUUGGGCGGGAGGAGGAAGAGAUGUGAACUGGCCCCUGACUUCCUGGUAUACGGCCCUCCACUAUGUAAGAUUGGAACACAUCGACUGGCUUAAUAAAAAUGCAAGAUGUUUGUAAAUCUUUAUCCGUGGUCACUUGUAUUUUAUUGGAGAGGAGGGAUGUGGUCUAUACUUCUUUUCCUGCGAUGGUGUGUUCCAUUGAGGUGGGGAAAGCCGCACAACCUGCGCCCUAACUUGGGUCAACUGAGCAAAGAUGCCAAGCCAGGGGCCUUGGAUGUUGAACUAUGGAACUCCUUCCCACAGGAGGUGGAGAUGGCCACCAACUUGCAUGGCUUUAAAAGAGGAUUAUAUUAUUAUAUUAUAUUAUUAUAUUAUAUUAUAUUAUAUUAUAUUAUAUUAUAUUAUAUUAUAUUAUAUUAUAUUAUAUUAUAUUAUAUUAUUGUUGUAGGGGUGGUCAGGACUUUAAAUCCCUGAAAAUGUGGAUGUGCAACAUAAUUAAGUUUCCACCAAAGUGGAACUCCCAUGGGGCUUAAAAACAAACCACUACUCUAAGGCAUGCUGUGUCCCUUUGCAAGAUGCAACUUCCUCUUUAAGGCAUGGGGGUGUGCCAAGUUUCUGUGGCGUCCAGAUGGCCUUCUGCACUCUUGAGCAUGUGCAGCCUGUGUUGCUUUUGAGGGGCAGAUCAUCCUUACUCGAAACAUGUUUGAGUGCAACUGAAUUGGACCUGCAACUUUAAUUUGGGAAGUUUUAGCAGAGAUUUGAGAAAACAGCUCUAGCACUUAGGUUUGCUGAGCUCAACCAAGACCAGGUCUGGAGCCCGGUGGUGCUUCUAAGUUAGGCAUGACUUGAACACUAUUUCAGUGGGACUUGGCCCUAGCCAACACCUGCUAGAUCAUAGGGUUUUUUUGUGCCGUUGUGCUAAUUCUUGCUGUGUACGUUACUCUGGCUUUGCGACCUCUUCAGUUGGCCCAACCUUGGCCAGUUUAAUUCUCUCCAGAUGUUUUGGGCUACAACUCACAUCAGUCUCAGCCAGCACUAUGCCUGUCACUUGGAAAAAGGGGAAUAUGUUGGGUGGCUUCUCUCCCAUAAGUUCUGCUGGUUGCACUUCAAGAACAUAGGAGGAGCCUAGCUGCUGGGUCAACCCAAUGGGAUCUCAUCUAGUCCAGGAUCCUGUUCUCACAGUGGCCAACCAGGUGCCCCUUCUGGGAACCCCACAAGCAGGACCUGAGCUCCAGAGCCCUCCCUCCCUCAUGUAUUCAGAAGCAUUUCCUGCCUUCAGCUGUGGAGGCAGAACAGAGCCGCUGCUAGUAGCCAUCCUUAGCCUUCUCCCUGAACUUGCCUGAUCCUCAUUUAAAGCCUUCUAGGUUGCUGACCAUUACUGUGGCAGAGAGUUCCACAGGUUACGUGCUGUGUGAAGAAUUCCUUUUAUCCAUCCUGAAUUUUCCAACAUUCUACUUCAUUGGAUGUCCACGAGCUGUGGUCAUAAGAGGGGCAAAAAUAAUAAUAAUCCUCUAUCCACCUUCUCCAUGACAUCCAUUAUUUUAUAAACUUCUAUCAUGUUGCCUCUUCCUUGCCUUUUCUCUAAAUUUAAAAGUCCCAACACUUGGGUCGCUUUUUCCCUCUUGCAAGAUUUAGCUCCGAAGCUGGUCUGAAGCCUGCCUUUUUACAAUGAGCUCUCUCAGCGCUGAGCUCCACGCCUUGCUGCGAUGCCCUUAAAUCACUUACUUAGCCUCUGUGCCCACUGCAGAACGCCACAGCCGUCUCCCCAGUCAACUGACCCAGAUCACACAACAAUAGCAGAAAGAGGCUUUUGUGUUACCUUUUUUGUCAAAAACAUCUUCCAACCUCCUUCGAAGGGAGCUGGUUGUGAAUUCUGGGUCAGGGCUGCGUUCCACAGACAUUUUGUUCAGUGCACAGUUUUUUUAAAAGGGAUUUCUUCUCCCACCCCUUUAAAAAUCUUUAAUUGCCCCUACGGCAGAAAUGCGAAGCCAGUCUCACCCUUCACCCUAAGUCCCUGAGAUGGGUUGCAAUAUUAGAACACACAUUAAAAACAGUUCAAAACAACUUGUUGGCAUCCAUGUGCCUCCAGGGGUGAAGUCAAACUGCUCCAUUAGCAGCACCAAAAUGAGGGUGCAAGUCUGGGCAGUGUGCGUGGUGGUCCAGGACUGCCUAGAUGACAAGACCCCCCCCCCCAGUCUUGCCUAUGUGGUCCAAAGGAAAGCAGAGCGGUACUCCCACUCCCAGUACUCCCACUGCACUGGCUAGGAGUAACAAUAAUAGUUACUAAUUUUAAUUACAAUUUCAGUUAUAUAAUAUGAGACAUUUUGGAUUGGAGAGUUCCAGUCCUCAGUUACGCCCGCCUUAUUUCAGUGGAAACUGUCUCUCAAAAUUCAAAAAUCUGGAAGCAGAAAUUUUGGGUCACUUCAGAAAGUGCAAAAGGCUCUCAGCUUGACACCUCCUGGCUUUGCUCCGGCUGUGUGACUCUGGGACCUCCUGAAAUGCGCUCCCCCCACCCAACCUAACCCCAAAAACGAAUGUCCUCAAGGAACCUGCUGUGGCUCGCAUCUCCCCCCCGCCCCCUCCACACUCCAGCUGCAGAUCCCCUGUUUAAAAAGACACGUUAGGUUUCUGCCUUGAAGGAGGGAGGAAUAAUGAGGGCUCUUUUAUUGCAUUUCUGGCUCCUGAUGGUGGUGGCUUCUGCGAAGAGAGAGAGGCCCAUUUCUUCCCCUUCCGCCCAUAAACUCCAGCCAACGGGGAGGGCGGCCUGGCACUCCGCCACCAGAACUGGCAAGGAAUGUAGCUUAGGGAAGAAGACGGCGGGGGGAGUAAAAACUAAGGGGGGAAAAACAGAAACACACUGAGCUCGCUUGGAGCCCGGGCUGCAGGCCCCGCAACUCGGACAAGAUGGAGUGCUGGUAGCGGUUCAUUGGGGGGUCUGCCCCGCAGGGUCCGUCCUCUCUGGAGCAGGUAACUGCUUGCAAGCUGGCAGCCUCCUCGGCCUCUUUGCCUGCCUUUCAUUCUUCUCGCCUGGGCGGUGGUUUCCUUCCUUCCUUCCUGCUGUGCCAGCUGUUGAGUUAUUUUAAAAACAACAACUAACUUUUGAGCUUGCCUUGGUCAAAAGUUUUUCAGGAUGCAGCUGAAAAUCUUUCCGGGCGCAUCGAUGUGCCUGGUCCUCACAGCCUUGGCACUCUGGACCCAGUGGAUCUCAGCCUGAGGUUGGAUGGCUGUCUAUCAGGGAUUUAUUAGCUGUGAUUGCAGGGGGUUGGGCUAGAUGACCCCUGGGGUCCUUUUCUUCUCUACAGUUCUAUGAUUCUGGCCUUAAGGUCCUGGCGUAGCCAGCCAUUAUCUCAGGAAGCAGGACUUUAGCAGGCAGAGUUGAGAAAAAGGAGGAGGAGGAUCAAGCCACCUGCUCUGCACCAGCCUGGUCCUGCGUCCAUUCCUUAGCAGAGAGCCUCAGUUUACCCAGCUCUAAAAUGGGCUUAAAUUUGAAGACAGUGCAACUUUUGGGGAGGAGAGGGAGAUUGGGAUUUUUUCUCUACAAAUCAGUGCAGCUGUGCCCAGCUCAGGAGAGAGGGAACCUACAUCCCCAUAAUGUCUUGCCCACAGCUGCUAAGCUUUCAGUAUCCCUUUUAGGUGGACCAAUGGAAUUAGAUAUAGGACUUAACUGUGCCCCUUUUGACUGCUGGUACCGAAUUUGGAUUUCUCUGAGCUUUUUUGGUGCAUUAGCUGUGAGUCCCUGAUGUGAUUCCUCUAGCAUUAAAAUUUCAAAACUAGUGUGUGUUGUUCUGGUCAUCCCAUCAGACGGGAUGGGGUUGGAGCAGUUCCCCUGUGUGGAGAGUCUAAGACUAUUGGGGGCUUUUUAGAUUGGGGGGGAGAAAGAUAACUGGGGGUGGAGGAGUGGACAGCAUGAAAGAAAUUUAUAAAUCAAUGGUGUGAUUGAUCUAUGUGACUGAUCCACAAUUUCAGACAACUGCAUAGUUAAAUGUGAUGUUAGCAGUGGGGUUUUUUUAAGUGGGGGGUUGGACAACUCACGGGGGAGCAGAUAACUGUUCAUAGUUAUCACCCACGAGAGCCAGGGGUGGAGAAGUGACUAGGACUUGGAAGACCUGGGUUCAAAUCCCCACUCAGCCACAAAGCUCAAUGGGCGACCAUGGACCAGCCACUAUUCCUCUCAGCCUCACCUCGCAGGGUUGUUGUGGGGAUUAAAUUGAGAAAGGGGAGAAAAAUACGGGCUACAAAGGCAAUAAAAAUGAAUGAUAGGGAAAUGGAAUCUCCAUGUUCAGCCCUGAAGGCCAGAUGCUGAGGACAAAUGAUAAGGGGUGGUACGUCAUCCCUAUGCCCUGCUUGGGAACUGCCAGAACCAGCCUUCACUCCUUAUCUCAUAAAGAAGAGGAAAGUGAGGGUUGGAGUCAAAAAUCAGAUUUUCUAGGCAUGAGAAGCCAGUGUGUAUGGAGAAUGCCAGUGCCAUCAUUCAGGAGGGACUUGGGGUCAACUCAGGGUAAGCAUUUGAGGGAAAUAUCCACAUUGGAUGUUUGUGGGUUUGUGUUCUGCUCUGCGCAGCCAUUAGGCUUUCUUUGUCUUUCCUCAACAUGGACUAGAAACUUGGGGUGGGAGGACGACUUGCUUCCAGCUCGGCAUGGCAGGAAUGAAAAGCACUGUGGUAAACAAAACUGUUGACUUGACUUUACUGUUGAAAAAGAGGUCCUUGUGUCUCCCACCCAAAUGCCUGCUAGCAGGGUCGGCAAUCCCUAGGAGGAGCUGGGGGACUUGGGGAGUUGGGGCUGCGGACCAGCUGUUGAGGACCGCCGGGUAUUUCAUAUACUCGCGUGUGUUUGUAUGACAUGAGAACAUGGAAUCUGUGACAGCUAUAAAAGCAGAUUUGCGCAGGGGGUUGGAUUUAGAUGACCCUUGGAUGAUUGAAACCUGGGAGUGGGGGGUCCUAGGUGGCUUUAGGAGAGGAUUAGACACAUUUGUGGAGGAGAGGGCCAGUGCUUUUGUUCCUGGGGGUGUGCAGGGGUAAACGUUUUGUGAAUCUUUGUACUUUUGUCCAUUUACUGUACAGUGGUACCUCGGGUUGCAAACACUUCGGGUUACAGACUCCGCUAACCCGGAAAUAGUACCUCAGGUUAAGAACUUUACCUCAGGAUGAGAACAGAAAUCGCGCAGCGGCAUCAGCGGGAGGCCCAAUUAGCUAAAGUGGUACCUCAGGUUAAGAACGGUUUCAGGUUAAGAACGGACAGGUUAUGAAUUAAGUUCGUAACCAGAGGUACCACUGUAUUGUCUACUGUGACACUGGCUGACCAGAGUUUCAGGAAGAGGUUUUUUUCAUCAAUGGCUAUCUGACCUCUUUACCUAGGCAUGGCAAGAACUGAACUUGGGAUGUCUAUGUGCAGGUAUGGCCCUCCACAUCUCAUUCCAUGUUGUACAUUUCAAAAGCAGUCUACUAUUUAGACUGCAAUCCGAUGUAUUAUUAUCUUAAUACAAGUCUAACUGAAGUCAGUGGGGCUUACUUCCAAGCAGAGAUACCCAGGUUUGCACUAUGAGUUAUAAAUUAUAAGGUAUCAAACAAAAAAUAGCCACUGAGACAUCUGAAACCUGAAUACAGUGGUACCUCGGGUUACAGACGCUUCAGGUUACAGACGCCACUAACCCAGAAAUAGUACCUCGGGUUAAGAACUUUGCUGCAGGAUGAGAAGAGAAAUUGCAUGGCGGCAGUGGGAGGCCCCAUUAGCUAAAGUGGUACCUCAGGCUAAGAACAGUUUCAGGUUAAGAACGGACCUCCGGAAUAAAUUAAGUUCGUAAUCAGAGGUGCCACUGUAUUUAUUUCCCCCGAUUUGAACUAUAAAAUGGUGAUUUUCUUGAGUCAAAAUGAGAGUAUCCCUAAACAUUUUUUAAGGGGGGGGAGCACUGGAGAGGGCUAUCAACAGCUGCUCCUGAAGCCUGGAAGCUGCAGGAAGGGAGAGGACUCUUCUGCCUGGGUCCUGCUUGCAAGUUUCUUAAAUCUUGUUAGCCGCUGUGAGAAAAGGAUACUGCAUUAGCUGGGCCAUUGGUCUAAUCCAGCGGGCUCUUCUUAUGAAUGCAGAAUUUGGAGCCCGCAGCAUCAUUUGCAAUGAUUACCUUGGAGGAAGGGGAUUUGUUUUGUUCUUCAAAGGAAGGCGGGUGGCUUCAAUUAGCUAAUGUCUGCUAAGUGCUUUUGAAUAUGGAAAAUCUCUUAAGCGCUAAAAAAGCUUUUGCUGCCUGAGAAAGCCGGCUUUAUUAUAUUUUUCAAGGUUUGUUUUUUUCCAAUUGCCAAAUACCUCCUUAAAACCUUGCCUGUGGCAGAUGUGUGUGUUGGGUAAAUCCAGGAGAAAAAUGAAGCUCAUUGUUGGGUUUCAAAGCAACUGAUGUUUUCCACAGGGGUGUUAGGGCUUGGGGAUAAUUUUGUUGGGGUUCUUUAAGUGCAUGGCUCCAUUGGAUGUGAUGUGUGGGGAGGGGAGGGGUCUUAGGCCUUGAGCAGUACUAGUGGGGACUAUUUAUUUUACAAAAUUUAUAUACUUCUGGUUUGUAAAGUGGGGGGAAUCAACAGUAGGUAAACAGAAAUAAAGCGCAUGCCACUUCUACGUUUCUGGGUGGGCUUUGCCUAAACCAGUGUUUCCCAAACUUGGGUCUCCAGCUGCUUUUGGACUAUUUAGUAAGUUUAAAUGCUUUACUUACAAACUCCAAAGGUCACAUUCAUACGCUAUUCCAUGCAGCAACAAUAAGAACACAGGUAGAAAAUUAUUGGGUUGCAAAAUACCAAUAAAUACUUCUGAGCAUGCGGCCUGGGCUUGAAGUUGUCAAGCUCAUAUUUGUUGCCUGGUGAGCUUCACAUAGUACAAGAGAGUAAACAAAGGAAGCUUCACUUCCUUCUUCAAUGGAGGUGAAGCAGUAUGACCUGAGUCUAGGAAUACAGUUCCAUGGUCUUAACCCCUUCAUGCGUUAACUAGCCCUAAGCUUUCUAGUUAUAUUUGACUGCAAUAUCCCACAGCGAAGAGCUCCAAAAGGACCUCCCCAAAGUGGGUGAAUGGUAAAUGCUGUUCACUGUGAAGUGAUGCAUGUUGUGGCAAAAAUAAUAAUCUUAAUUUCACAUAUGCGCUCAUGGGGUCUGAACUGGUGGGGUCUGACCAGGAACGAGACCUUGGGGUCAUAGUGGACAGCUCAGUGAAGAUGCUGACCCAAUGUGCCGCUACUGUAGAAAAGGCAGAUUCCAUGCUAAGGAUCAUUAGAAAAGGAACUGAAAGCAAAACUUGCCAGUAUCAUUAUGCCGUUAUAGAAAUCUAUGGUGUGACCGCAUUUGGAAUAUUGUGUGCAAUAUUCUGGCCUCCUCACCUCAAAAAGGAUCUUGUAGAGUUGGAAGAAGGUUCAGAAAUGGCCAAGCAAAAUGAUUGAGGGGAUGAAGCCACUCCUUUAUUGUGAGGAAUGGUUGCAGCCUUUGGGACUUUGUAGUAUAGAGAAAAGGCAAGCAGGAGGUGACAUGGUAGAAGUUUACAGAAUUAUGCUUGGCAGGGAGAAAGAGGAUAGAAAAAAAGGUUUUCUCCCUCUCUCAUAACAAUAGAACUUGUGGAAAUCCAAUGAACUGGAACAUUGGAAGAUUCAGGACAGAGAAGAUAGUUAAACUAUGGAACUCCCUGCCACAGGAGGCAGUGACAGCUACCAGCUUGGAUAGCUUUAAGAGAGAACUGGACAAAUUCAUGGCUGUCAAUGUCUGCUAGCCACAAUGGCUUUGCCCUGCCUCCACAGUCAGAGGCAGGAGUGCUUCUGAAUCCCAGUUGCUGGAAACCACAGGAAAAGAAAGUGCUCUUGUACCUGAAUCCUGCUAGACAGGCAUCUAGAUGGCCACUGUGAGAACAUGAUGCUGGACUAGGUGAGCCCCUGGCCUGAUCCAGCAAGGAUCUCCUUAUGUUCAUUUUCCUUGCUGCUCCCAGCUCCCAAACCCAUCACGCCUUCGAGACCGCGCUUCAAAAAAAUAUUGCUGGAACGAUGGAAAGGGUGAUUUUAUCUCCCAAGAAUUCAGCUUUGGCUUGGGUCUUUUUCAGCAAGAAGGGAGCCCAGUGCUGGUUGGCACACACUGGACAGAAAGCAGGAAGGGAGAGAGGCAGGGCCAGGGUGGAAGAAGAGGAGGAGUGUUUGGGAUGAUGGGGUGACGAGGAAGCACAACUGGUGAUUUUUAUUGGAUGCAACAUUUUGCCAAAUUGGAAAAAUGGAUAAUGAGAUGGUGGGGGAGGGAACCCCUUCUGACCUUUGAGCUUUGGGUGCCCUCCCAUCUUUCCGGCGGGUUUUUCCUCAGAAUCUUUUUUGUCUGGGUUGGUUACAAAGAAGUAAUUAAUCUUUUAUUUCCAUCCCUGCCGAAAGCCUUCAUCGUUUUGCCUUGACUCCUCUGUGGUCAACCAUGUGACUCAGAAGGCCUUCAGCUGUCAAUGGUGGCCUUGUGCGAAGGAACAAAAGAGAACUUGAUUUCUAGUUUGGGGGAAAACGGGGGGGGGGGAGAUUUCUUCCCCCACCCCUGUGAAUGAAAGGUCUCCUUGGUUGAAAGGAAAAAGAUUCUGGAGGGAGAACUGGGGGACAACUCCGUGUCCCACUCCUCUCCCCCCCCCAUUGUCAAAAUAGAGAUGGUCAGCGCUUUACAUGGACCAGAACUGUGGAACUCCUUGCCUCAUGAGGUUGGUUGUGUCCUUCUCUUGCUGUUCUUUGCUGGCUCAAGCUUUUUUUAAAAAAACAAACAAACCAGCAGGCUUUUGUUUUGGCAGAUGCCUAUUGUCUGAUUUUUCUGUUUUAUCACUGGGUCCAAUUUUUGAGGGAGGCCUGGAAGGGGAUGGCAAGGGAGAGGGCCUUUUCAGGGGCCCCUCCCCAUCUGUGGAAUGCUCUCCCAUAACCCUCCAACAUUUCUCCGAUGAAAAUAGGGACGUCCCAUUCCAUAAUGAUAAUUUUACUAUUUAUACCCCACACAUCUUAUUGGGUUGCCCCAGCAAUCUGGGCAGCUUCCAAAAUAUAUAAAAACACAAUAGAACAUUAAACCUUUAAAAAACAACAACAAAAAAAACCCCUUCCCUAUACAGGAUUGCCUUCAGAUGGCUCGGGGGUUGGGUAACUCCAUACCCUCCAACGUUUCUCCGAUGAAAAUAGGGACGUCCUAAGGAAAAGCGGGACAUUCUGGGAUCCAGUCAGAAACUGGGACAGCUUCUCUAAAUCAGGGACAUCCCUGGAAAAUAGGGACACUUGGAGGGUCUGCUCUCUGCUAGCAAGGUAAGCCUUGGGCCUUCACUGGCAUUUUUUCAGAGCCAGAUAAAAAACUUUCUCUCCCCCCUGCCAGAUUUUUGGUAGACUCCAAUGAUGAUGCUUUUAGGCAGAGCCACACAUUGGAAAGUGCAUGAUUUCCCCCAGAGAAUCCUGGGAACUGUAGUUCCCCUCACAGACCUACAAUUCUUAGUACCCUCAACAAACUUCAGUUCCCAUAAUUAUUUGGGAUUUAAAUGUAUGCUGUGACUCUGUGUCCUAUGCUGUUUGUGUGUGGCCAAAACUUCCUGCUGCUAUUAUGGCAGAUGAAAAGAGUGAUGUUUUGUAUAUAUUUUUCUGAACUGCAUGUGUGAAUGUGUCAGCAUUAUAAUGCAUUUAUGUUCAUGUUUUUAAACACACUGUAAGUCACUAGGAGGCCUUUGUGCAACAACUCAAGUACUAUGACUACAUAAUCAUCUGAUGAGCCUAUCUCUGUUUUAUCACAUCUUGUGGUUUUAUGGUGUGUUCUUGCAUGAUGCAUCUGGCUUCAGUUAUUUAUUUCCAAUAUUUCUCCGCCUCCCCAUAGCUCUGAGCUUCUCCAGGGGGGCACACACAUGACAGAGUUUAAAGCACAACAUGGUAUAAAUGCAUUUCCUGUCUAAAUUGCGCCGAAGCAGAGAUAAAAGCAGUAAAACCAACCAAUUUCAUGCUGUUAGGGUGUCAAAAAUUCACACACAGAACUGGGCCUGGAAAUGGUCCAGAAGCUGUUUUGUAGCUGGUGUGAUCAGACCAGGACAUCCUGCCCCUGUCAACAACCCUGUUUUGGAUGCUACCCCUUUCUGCACCCAAUAGAUCACUGCAGUCUGCCAAAGAGUCUCUCUUGCAAGUUCCAAACUUCUAGGGUGGCUACCCUGUCCUGUGGAACAGCACCCCACACUUUCAGGAAACAGUUGAAGAUAUUGCUGUUCUGGCAGGUUUUCCCAGAAUCUUUACCAGAAGUGUCCACCUGUUAGAGUUUUAGUCUUGCUAUUGCUGUUAGUUGGGGUGGGGAGGUAGGCUGUACGCUGAGACCCUGCUAACCCCUGGAUCCAGUAAGAAUCAAAAUUUAAGCCAGGGUAGCUGGUCAUUAAAGGGAGCAAAAGGAAAGAGCUUCUGUGUGAGAUGGCAAAUCCCUCCACUCGCAGGUAGUUAGAAAGGCAUAGUGAGAGUUGAAAGUUGGGGUGAUGUGUGCUAGGGGGAAAGCAGCAAACUGGGAGGCAAAGCAACGUUUGGUUUUUGUUUGAAUCCAGGGCUGUAGCUAUGGGAGAAACAAGUCCCUUUUGGUGGGUGAUAAUACUAUGAACCCCUCCAUUGUAGGCUCAGGUUGCAUGUAUGUGUAAAUAAACUAUAUAGCAUAAAGACACCACAGUCUCUGCUGUGCCUCAUUACCAAAAGGAAACAACACGAAGCUGCUUGGAACCCCUGGAAUCUCGCCCUGCUCAGAGAUUGGGGUGAAUUGCAACACUGCAGAUGUAUUUGCUGGGUUUUUUGUUUUUGUUUUGCAUUAACUCUUUUAAUUAUUCUAUGUGUAAAUCAUCUUGGGACAGUGGUUUAGAGAGUGUGCUGUAGUGCAGUUAAGAGUCAUGAGAAAUCUCCCACCCUGCCAAGCAUCCCUUUCUUUGGAUGGACAGAAAAAUAGACGAAGGCUUUUCAGAGUGUGACCUUGGAGACCAGAGUUUGAAUGCUCCGUCAACCACUGGAUGACCUCUGUUUCUGCCUGUGUGUGAUCUGCAGCGGUUGCACAAUAAAGGAGAAACAGAUCCAAUGUGACUUGAAAAGUUUUAUGAAGCUUAGAAAAUGAUGAGUUAAGGACUCUGUUGUGGGGCAUUGCAACCUAACACAUGAACACACACUUCAGAAGCUUCUGGCCAUUGCGCUGAAUAGGGGAUGAAGACUGACACACCUGGCACCAAACCCUGACCAAAAUAUCUCUAAACUAGACAAAUUGUUUGCAAGGGAGAGACAUAUAUCAGUGUUCCUGUUCUGUGAAUCAGGAAACCCUCAGAGAACCCUUCCAUGACCUCGUAAACAACUAUUCCCCUGGGCUCGCCUUUCUGGCAUUGGCUGGCUGGGGGGUCGUGUUGCUGGCCUGCCUUACUGGGCUGUUUUAGAGCUUGCAGCAAAAUAAUGCCUAAGAAGUAGUUUUGAAGCUCUCUCAGGUGCUGAAUUGCCAGAAAAUAGGAACAGCUGGAAGGCCUCUAGGUGCUCCCCUGGCAGAGUGGGUUUGGCAGUCCCUGGAGCUGGAAGGGAAGGGGGUCCCACAGCCUUCUGGAAUCACCCCCCCCCCCCAUUCUGAGGUGCAUCAGGCUGCUGCCGUUUUUGCAUUCAGAUUGACAGGUCUGGACACAAUUCUCUGCCCCUUGAUGGCAGCGGCACUUUAUAUAAGCUGUUCACCAGUGAAAGGGACUCCCUCGGAAGGCGGUGGACUCUGCUUCAUUGGAGGUUUUUAAACAGAGGGUGGAUGGCUACCUGUCAGGGAUCCUUUAGCUGUGCAAUGCAGGGGGUUGGACUGGAUUACCCUUGGGGGUCCCUCCCAACCCUACAAUUCUAAUGAUUCUAUUUCUGCUUCUGCUCCCUGUUUUAUUUGUGGCUGCUUAUUCAUUUUAUGAUGUCGGUUUAUUUUGUUUUAUUUAUCGAUUUAUCGACAACUUCUUAAUAUACUUAAAAGACCACUGUAGACCGUUAAAAUCAUUAGCAGGGAUACAAUGACACUUGUACUGUGAAAUGAAUUUUGGUAACUCUGAUUAUAUAAUAGAUGGAUAAUGGUAAAAGAUGCAGGAGAAAAAAGAAAAAGAUUUUUUUUUAAUGGAACCCAUGGAGGGAGGGGAGGAGGUCCGAAGGUUCAAAAGAGCCUUUUUUAUUUUUAUGUUGGGGAAGGUUAAAGUUGUUGUGUAUAAAUAUAUUCAGGUAGGUAGCCAUGUUGGUCUGACGCAGUUGAAAAUUGAUUCUGUGUAUCUGAAGAAGUGUGCAAGCACACUAAAGCUUAUACCAAGAACAAACUUAGUUGGUCUCUAAGGUGCUACUGGACAUUUUUUAAUAUAUACAGUAUUUCGAUUGUAUAAAUAUAUGUUUCAUUUAUUUAUUUAUUGUUAAAUUUGAUUGUGAGGUUAUUAUUUGCCACCCAAGGCCUAGGAGGACCUCAGUUGUACAAACUCUGUAGCUCCAUGUUUGGUGACAGCAACUCCUGGUUUCUGAACAUUUUGCCCCUUGGGUGAAUUUUCACAUCUCUCUAUCUCUGUCUCUCCUGUAUACGUAUAUCCCCUGGACCCAUCCUCCUUUUUCCUUUGUCAUUUUAGGACACAAAUGUUGACCCCCUUCCCCAUCUCCAGAGCUACCUGGAGGAAGGGGGUCCUGGACUGCAGCUGCCCAGGACCACUUGGCAAAAUCUCUCCCCACAAGCAGAGUUGCCUCUAA